AUGGUAUCAAAUGAUAUAAACGAGGAAUUUUCCAUAUUACAAAAUAUGAAUCCAGAAAAUAAGGGACUCUUAUCAAAAUAUACUGAUAACAUUUCAACAGCUAUAUUAAUUAAUGGUAUAUCUAAAUGGAUAAUUAUUUAUAGCCUUUAUCAUUAUAAUUAUGCAUAUGAUAUAUUAAAAACUAUUAUAGAUACAGAUGAUAUUUGUGAAUAUACAAUAAUAUUUUUAUUAUCAAUAUUUGUACCAACAUAUAUAUUCUCAUCAGGAUAUAUAUUAGCUGCUAAUAUUGAAGUAAAAGCAUUUAAAAAUGAGUUUAAUUUAGAUUAA